GGGGCGGACGGGGGCCGGCGCUGCCGCCGCCAUGAGCAAGGGCCCGGGCCCGGAGCCGGGACUGGAGCCGGGGCUGGACCCAGGGCCGAACCCGGAGUCCGCCCGCCACGGCGACCCCGCCGAGCCGGGGCCCGGCGCCCCCGGCGGGCUGUUCGCGUGGCUGCGCGGGCGCUGCCUGGGCCGCGGGGCCGCCGUGGACCCGGCGCGGGACACGUUCGGCGCCAUGACCGGGCUGUACGGCGCCAUCCAGCCCGCCGACUCCGUGUCCCUCAGCACCCGCACGCACGGCGCCGUCUUCAACCUCGAGUACUCGCCCGACGGGUCGGUGCUGACCGUCGCCUGUGAACAGACUGAGGUCCUGCUCUUUGACCCAAUAUCUUCAAAGCACAUCAAGACUCUGUCCGAAGCUCAUGAGGACUGUGUAAAUAACAUCAGGUUCCUGGACAACCGGCUGUUCGCCACCUGCUCCGACGACACCACCAUCGCGCUCUGGGACCUGAGGAAGCUCAACACCAAAGUGUGCACCCUGCACGGCCACACCAGCUGGGUCAAGAACAUCGAGUACGACACCAACACCAGGCUGCUGGUGACCUCGGGCUUCGAUGGCAACGUCAUCAUCUGGGACACCAACAGGUGCACAGAGGAUGGAUGUCCCCACAAGAAGUUUUUCCACACCCGUUUUCUGAUGCGGAUGAGGCUGACACCAGACUGUUCCAAAAUGCUGAUCUCCACCUCCUCUGGCUACCUGCUGAUUUUGCACGACCUUGACCUGAACAAGUCUUUGGAGGUUGGCAGCUACCCGAUUUUAAGGGCCAGGAGGACCACCUCGAGCUCAGACAUAACGUCGUCAGGCUCCUCUGGCCCUCGAGCUGUGGGCUCACCUUGUCACCAGAACAACUCAGGGCCACUCUCUGAGAAAACCUGUUCACGGCCCUCGCAGCGAGAAGGGGGAUCACCCAGGAACAGCCUGGAGGUGUUAACACCUGAGGUUCCUGGGGAAAGGGAUCGUGGGAACUGCAUCACGUCGCUGCAGCUGCACCCCAAGGGCUGGGCCACGCUGCUGCGGUGCUCCAGCAACACCGACGACCAGGAGUGGACUUGUGUCUAUGAAUUCCAGGAAGGAGCCCCGGUGCGGCCCGUGUCGCCGCGCUGCUCGCUGCGCCUGACGCACUGCAUCGAGGAGGCCAACGUGGGCCGGGGCUACAUCAAGGAGCUGUGCUUCAGCCCCGACGGCCGCAUGAUCUCGUCGCCGCACGGCUUCGGCAUCCGCCUGCUGGGCUUCGACGCGCAGUGCAGCGAGCUGGUGGACUGCCUGCCGCGGGAGGCCAGCCCGCUGCGCGAGAUCCGCUCGCUCUACUCGCACAACGACGUGGUGCUCACCACCAAGUUCUCCCCCACGCACUGCCAGAUCGCCUCGGGGUGCCUUAGCGGGCGCGUCUCCCUCUACCAGCCCAAGUUCUAGGCGGUGCUGCGGCUGGCCGGGAGCGCGCUCUGCAGAUUUCCGAGCGCACGGGAGCUCGUGCCACCUCGGGACAAGGAUUUCUGAGGCCAGCGCCGUGCGGAUCGUGGUCCUGCUCCCUGAGCCCGGCCCAUGCUGCUCCUGUGCCACCAUCCUGCUGUGUCUGCACCCUGACACUCGAGUGUUUCCUUAGCACAGGAACAGCACAGAGGGUGCCCAGGUACCUGCUGUCCCAGAGGAGAUGGACUGCCUUGCCUCUGCUUCCUUUUCUGUCACUGAAGCAACUCUGUGGUGAUUAGUAGAUAAUGGACUGCUUGUCUACAUGAGCAGCACGGUUAGUCACUCUCACCAAAAAGAAAACAAACGGAAAAAAAAUGGAAUUUUGCUUUCAUUUCUAUGUUAAUGUGGUUGUCAUUGGUUAAAAAAAAGAGUCACGGUGUGGCUUAGGCUGGCAGGGACCACUGGAGUGACCAGACCCACCCCUGGGGCCACUUAUCAGCAGGGAACACCCUGAGGAUCCCUCUGGGUCCUGCAGCAGGGCAGCUGCAGCCCCUCCUCUGCCAGCUGUCUGCUGUAGGGGGUUUUCCACAUCAUCCCACAUCUGGAACGUGGUGGGUUUCUGGGAUGUUUGGGUAUUUCCCACCUGGCUGCUGUGGGAGAAGUUCACUUGGAUGUGUCCCCAGUGUCGCCAGAUGAGCUUUUCUUCAUGUGCUGCCAGUUUGGGAGGGGAUCAAAAGCAAACCUGCCACCAGUGGGAUCUACUGGGUCCAACCAGGCUUUUCACCAGGUGUGGAAUGCUGUGGUGCUCACCCUGGUGAAAGGGUCUGGAGGGAAGCCACACGUGGAGCAGCUGAGAUCACUUGGUUGGUUCAGCUUGGAUAAUUUGAGAUGGGAUUUCCUUGUGCUCUUGGACAUGCUCCUGUGGGGCAGUGCAGGGGCAGGUACUGGUCACUUCUGUGACAAGGGAUGGGACCAGGGAAUGGCUGGAGCUGGGUCAGGGGAGUUUAGGUUGGAUUUUAGGGAAACCCUUCCCCCAGAGAGUGCUGGCACUGCCCAGGCUCCCCAGGGAAUGGGCACAGCCCCAGAGCUCCAGGAGAGUUUGGGCAGCGCUCCAGGGAUGCUCAGGGUGGGAUUUUGGGGUGUCUGUGCAGGGCCAGGGGUGGGACUGAUGAUCCCACAGGUCCCUUCCAGUUUAGGGUAUUCUGUGAUUCGAUGGCCACACCCAAAGUAUGAAUGCCAGAUUUUAGCCCUCGAGUUAUCUGAGCUGACCUUGUAAAUGCACAGGUAUUUCACUCUUGUACAUCCAGAUCAGUUCAUAACAUUCUCAUCACUUACAUGUUCCAAGAUGGGGUUUUUUUUAGCAUUUCACUGCAGACCAGUCACACACUCAGUUCAGCAGGGAACUUUACCUGGAAGGACUGUCACCUGCUGGUGUUCAGGUUCACUCUGGCUCAACGGAGCACACUUGUUCAAAACUGACUCUUACAAAGCCUUUUGCAAAACGUAUUUGGGGAUAAAGAACAUUUAUGGACGUGAGAGAGCUGGACAGGUAAGCCUGAGGACUCUCCUGUAGCUUUGUGUUUAUGUGGGUAGUAUACCCUCGUGUUGGUGCAGAAAUCAUUGAAACUUAAACCUCUGCAUUAUGAGAAAAAAAUCCCAUGUUUCCUCUUCUGGAGAAUUUCUUUGGUAAUAGGAAGCCUUCAGUUUUGUGUGUUUGGUAAUCUGGGGUCAGACAUCCCUUCUGAGGCUGAGCCUGCACGUGGGGCAGGUGGCUCUGCUGGGUUGUUAAAGCAGCUCAGGGCCCUUCCCUUGGUUGUGGUUCAGCACCCUGGGAGUGAAGCGUGCAGGAAACUUGGGAACAAGCAUGGGAUAAGAGAUCUUUAUGCAAAGAAAGAGCUACAAGGAGUUUGUAAUGGGCUAAGCUGCUUGGGGAUAAAAGCCCAGGUCCUGUCUGGGACUAGAGCAGCUUUCCCCCAAGCAUUUGCUGUCCCACUGCCAGGCUGCUGUUUUCUCACCCUAUUUAAUGUUUUAUUACACAUCAUGGAAGGGACUACAGGGACACUUGAGAGAGCCUUGGAGUUCUCACAGGCUUGCACAGUGUUUGUUUUGGAGGUGAAGGAGCACCCACAGGACCAGGGCUGGUUCUUGUGUGGGUCUGUCUGUUUCCAAGGUUGUUUUUGUUUUUCCUGUCAGAACCUCCUCAGCCUGGUGGAUCCCUAGUGACUGUAACGCUAUGCCUGUGAAUAUGCACUGAGUGUUACCUUUUUAAUUCUACCUCAUGAUACGCUGUGUUUUACACCAGUAUUGUGCUGAGCUUUGGACUCUCACCUUUCUGUAUAAAGGACCGUCCCCCCGGGUGACAGACGUGUCACCACUCCUUGGUAGCACCUGUGGCUGGCUGAGGGGCCCUGCCUGGCUCCAGGACCCACAGCUCACCUGCAGGAGGGAGGGGCUUGGUCACCUUGAUGCUUCUGUAGCGUGUCCAGCAGAUGCAUAAAAUGACAGAAUCUGUACAUGUACGCUGUAGAAAUGUUACUUAGUUCUUCUGAUGACAUUUGUAAUAAGUUUGAAUUAGAGUAAGUAGGUAAUCUUAGAUUUUGGUCAUUCAAUUGAUUACUCCUUUUCAACAACACUUGGAAGUUUUCCAUGAAGGCUUUACCACGUUUUACCUGUGAAGUUCACUUCUCAGUGGCUUACAGCUGACAUGCCUCACAGUCAUGUGGUGGUGCAAGUGUUUUCAGUUCUCUCUCAGUAGCAUUACUGGAACAAUCAAGUUAGGGGUUGGUGAGCUUUGGGUUAUUUCUAGGUAGUCAAAAAAAGAAAAAAAUAAAUUUAUAAUCUAGUUGUGUUUCAAAAGUUGAAUGCUCGACCUUGAGAAGUGUGUAAAACUGUGAAACAACUGUAAGGAACAUUUCCAAGGGAGAUGAAGGACAGACAGAUGGGGAGGGGAUGGCUCACACCAGGGGUGUCUGUGGCAGCACUUGAUGAAUUCCAGGGCGUUUCUCGGGGCUGGAGCUCUCUGACUGCAGAGCAAGCAGGGCACUGGUGAUGGUUUCAGACUCUGAGCUCCCCGUGAGAGAAUGCCCCACGGACCCCGCGGAGCCAGGGCUGUGCUGGGGCUGGUUCUGCCCAGAACUGGUUCUGUGGGAUUUGGUUCUUCUUGGGACUGGUUCUGCCCUGAGCUGGUUCUGGUCCUCUCCUGCCCGGGGCUGGCUCUGCUGUCCCCGGUGUCACCAGGCAGACCCCGCCCCGUGGGGAUGGACAAGCACACGGUACCGAGACACACACACACACACACACACACACACACACACACACACGCACAGAUUGUUUGCACUCUCGGAGUCUUGGGGUAAGGACAGCUCGAUGCCUGCUGCCAGAAUUGGAAUGUAAACAUCACUUUUUCCGGGGGGAGGGCGGGCUUGUCUUGGUUAAUUUAGUGGGGUUUGUUUUUGUUCGUUUGUUUGUGUUGUGAUUUUUAUUUGGGUAGCACUGAUGUGGAGAAGGUUCUGACAUCAUAAUACAUGGGUCUGUUGCUCUAGGACAUAUAAACUCAUAGGGAAAAAGAAAUAUGCUUGCCAAAUGAAAGCUUUUAAAAGAUUCAGUUUACAAGAAUCUAAAAAGUUGGAGAGAAAGGAAGAAGUCAACGACCCAUCAUGUUUUUGACCUGCAGGAAACAGAAACUUCUCACUGGCUGAUCUUAGUCAAAGGUGCAUUUUCUAAAGCACUAAAUAUCCUCAGUUAAGUAUAAGGUUUUUAAUACAGAAACAAAUUGUGCAUGUAGAGUAUUUUGAAAUACCUGAGAUUUCAUAGUAAAACUGUAGCCUUUUAAUACCGUAUAUGAAGUAUCAGAACUGCUUUGGAAGUAUUGUACUUACAGCCGUACAGUAACUUACUAUUUGUGGACAGUUUCUCUUGCUUGCAUAAUAAACAUUUAAUAAUUCACUGAA